GCGGGCCGGCGGGAUGGAGCCGCAGCACGUGCGCCCCGCGCUCGGAGCCCGCAGCCCGGCCUGGGAGGAACCGGAAUCGGAGAGGAUGGCCGGGGCUGGCAGCCAGCACCACCCUCAGGGAGGAGCGGCCACUGGGGCUAGCGCGGUUUCCCCCACCGCUCCAGGACCGGGAGAAGAUUCGUCUGACAGUGAAGCAGAGCAGGAGGGACCUCAGAAGCUGAUCCGUAAAGUGUCCACCUCUGGACAGAUCCGGACCAAGACCAGCAUUAAAGAAGGGCAGCUGCUGAAGCAAACCAGCUCUUUCCAAAGGUGGAAAAAGAGAUACUUCAAACUUCGAGGCCGUACACUCUAUUAUGCAAAGGACUCUAAGUCCUUGAUAUUUGAUGAAGUUGACCUCUCAGAUGCCAGUGUCGCUGAAGCAAGCACAAAAAACGCCAACAACAGCUUCACGAUAAUCACUCCAUUCAGAAGGCUGAUGCUGUGUGCUGAGAAUAGGAAAGAGAUGGAGGAUUGGAUCAGCUCUCUGAAGUCAGUGCAGAGCCGAGAACCGUAUGAGGUGGCCCAGUUUAAUGUGGAACAUUUCUCAGGGAUGCAUAACUGGUACGCCUGCUCCCAUGCCCGGCCCACCUUCUGUAACGUGUGCAGAGAGAGCCUCUCUGGAGUUACGUCCCAUGGACUGUCCUGCGAAGUGUGUAAGUUCAAGGCUCACAAACGAUGUGCAGUGAGGGCAACAAAUAACUGCAAAUGGACCACGCUGGCCUCCAUCGGGAAGGAGAUCAUAGAGGACGAGGACGGUGUUGCCAUGCCUCACCAAUGGCUCGAAGGCAACUUGCCUGUGAGUGCCAAGUGUGCCGUUUGUGACAAAACAUGUGGCAGUGUUCUUCGCCUGCAAGAUUGGAAAUGCCUUUGGUGUAAAACAAUGGUACACACUGCCUGCAAAGACUUGUACCACCCCGUCUGCCCGCUAGGCCAGUGUAAAGUGUCCAUCAUACCUCCGAUUGCACUAAAUAGCACAGAUUCUGAUGGUUUCUGCCGAGCGACCUUCUCAUUCUGUGUCAGUCCCCUCUUGGUGUUCGUCAAUUCUAAGAGUGGAGACAACCAGGGAGUAAAGUUCCUUCGUCGUUUUAAACAGUUGCUCAACCCGGCUCAGGUGUUUGAUUUAAUGAACGGAGGGCCUCACUUAGGCUUAAGAUUAUUUCAGAAGUUUGACAACUUCCGGAUCCUUGUCUGUGGAGGGGAUGGAAGCGUAGGCUGGGUUUUGUCAGAGAUUGAUAAGCUGAACUUGAACAAACAGUGCCAGCUUGGGGUAUUGCCUUUGGGGACAGGCAAUGACCUUGCUCGAGUUCUUGGCUGGGGAGGCUCGUAUGAUGAUGACACCCAACUUCCUCAGAUCCUGGAGAAGCUAGAACGAGCCAGUACCAAAAUGUUGGACAGGUGGAGUAUAAUGACGUAUGAGCUCAAAUUGCCAGCAAAGGCCUCUCUGCUUCCCGAACCCACGGACGCGUCUGAAGGAUUUUAUAUGACAGUUUACGAAGACUCUGUUGCAAAUCACCUCACAAAAAUCCUCAAUUCUGAUGAACGUGCAGUGGUCAUAUCAUCUGCCAAGAUACUCUGUGAAACCGUGAAGGACUUCGUUGCCAAAGUGGAGAAGGCGUACGACAAAACACUGGAAAAUACAGUAGUAGCUGAAGCUGUGGCCAGUAAAUGCUCAGUCCUGAAUGAGAAGCUUGAACAGCUGCUCCAAGCCCUGCACGCAGACUCUCAGGCCAGCCGAGCUCCCCCGGGGGUGGGCCCUGCGAUCCCGGAAGAAGAUGUCCUGGAGUCUUCCAGUGAAGAGUCACUGGGUGAGAGCAAGGACCAGCUCGUGAAUGACAUCGGGAAACCCUCCUCCCAGAAAGCCGGGAAACCCCGGGAAAUAAUGCUGCGGGCGAACAGUCUAAAGAAAGCAGUGAGGCAAGUCAUUGAAGAGGCUGGAAAAGUUAUGGAUGAGCAGACAGUUCAGCCCUGUGAAGCAAUUAGUCAGUCAUGUGACUGUGAUAGCCCGGAAACCGGUGAAUCUAAAGACAACGAUGCCAAAGAGUCAUUAGCAGCCAAAACCACAUCUCAGUCUCCCGAUGCCCAGGCAAGUCGUGGCCCUUCCCAAACUGAUUCCGUCACUGGUCCAGCUGUGGCCACCACCAAAGAAAAUCUCCCUGUGCUCAACACGAGAAUCAUCUGUCCAGGUUUACGAGCAGGACUAGCUGCCUCCAUUGCUGGGAGUUCUAUCAUCAACAAAAUGUUGCUGGCAAACAUCGAUCCUUUUGGUGCAACGCCGUUUAUUGACCCGGAUCUGGAUUCGCUAGAUGGCUACUCUGAGAAAUGUGUCAUGAACAAUUACUUUGGGAUUGGAUUAGAUGCAAAAAUUUCGUUAGAAUUUAAUAAUAAGAGAGAAGAGCACCCUGAAAAAUGCAGAAGCCGAACUAAAAACUUGAUGUGGUACGGAGUCCUUGGGACCCGCGAGUUAUUGCAGAGGUCAUACAAGAACCUGGAACAAAGGGUUCAACUAGAGUGUGAUGGGCAGUAUAUUCCACUCCCCAGCUUACAAGGCAUAGCCGUCUUGAACAUCCCCAGCUAUGCAGGAGGCACCAACUUCUGGGGCGGAACCAAAGAGGACGAUAUAUUUGCUGCCCCUUCAUUUGAUGACAAGAUUCUGGAAGUCGUUGCAGUCUUUGACAGCGUGCAGAUGGCAGUGUCAAGGGUCAUUAAAUUGCAGCAUCACCGGAUAGCACAGUGCCGCACAGUAAAAAUCACUAUAUUUGGUGACGAGGGAGUUCCAGUGCAGGUGGAUGGUGAAGCGUGGGUUCAGCCUCCAGGAAUCAUCAAGAUUGUGCACAAGAACAGAGCUCAGAUGCUGACAAGAGACAGAGCCUUUGAAAGCACUCUGAAGUCGUGGGAAGACAAGCAGAAGGGUGACUCCGGUAAGCCAGUUCUUCGAACCAACCUGUACAUCCACCCCGCCGCUGACCUGGCUACAGAAGAGCUGUCGCAGAUGCGGCUCUGCUCCCAGGCCGCAGAGGAGCUCAUCACCAGGAUUUGCGACGCAGCCACGAUCCACUGUCUGCUGGAGCAGGAACUGGCUCACGCGGUGAAUGCGUGUUCACAUGCCCUCAACAAAGCCAACCCGCGCUUCCCGGAGAGUCUUACGAGGGACACUGCCACUGAGAUAGCCAUCAACGUCAAGACGCUGUAUAAUGAGACGGAGUCUCUGCUGGUUGGCAGGGUUCCUUUGCAGUUGGAAUCUCCCCACGAAGAGCGGGUGUCCAGUGCCUUACACACUGUAGAGGCGGAGCUGCAGAAGUUAACCGAGAUCCCCUGGCUUUACUAUGUCCUCCGCCCAAACGAGGACGAGGAGCCUCCGAUGGACUGCACCAAAAGAGAAAACAAAAGCACCGUCUUCCGUAUCGUGCCAAAGUUUAAAAAAGAAAAGGCUCCGAAACAGAAGACAAGUUCACAGCUUGUUCAGAGUUGGGGCACAGAGGAAGUCGCUGCUUGGCUGGAUCUGCUCAAUUUGGGAGAGUACAAAGAACUCUUCAUUCGUCAUGACAUCAGAGGGGCUGAACUUUUGCAUCUGGAAAGACGAGAUCUUAAGGACCUGGGGAUACCGAAAGUGGGUCAUAUGAAGCGAAUUCUCCAGGGAAUUAAAGAGCUUGACAGGAACCCUCCCAACUUGCUCUGAGGUGUGCUCACACUGCUGCUCUCUCUGGGAAGAGAAGUCCUCAGCACCCAAUACAGAGUUCUGGGAAACCGCCGCCUGUUCUCGUGACUCAGUGCGUGGAUAGGCGCCUCUGGAGCACAUCUCUGGAUUGAUGUUUUGCUGUGGGUGAAAGUUUUGUAAGGUAUUAGAACAUAAUUUUUGUGCCAAAAAACAAAACA